AUGGCCACCUCAACCGGUACCGGCUGGGCUCAGCUCCGGCAGCAAGCCCGAUCUCUCGAGACUCAGACCGAGAACCUCUUCCACACAUACUCUCAAUAUGCUUCGUUAACGAAGCUCCCACCCACACCCUCGGAUGAAGAACAGCGGAUCGAAUCGCAGCUCAAAGACCUCCUAGAACGACGCGACUCUCUGAUCUCCCAACUCGCCCGCCUCCUCGACUCCGAAGCAACCCUCACCUCCUCCGCCCUCAAACAAAACAACCUCGCCCGCCACCGCGAAGUCCUCCACGACCACCGUCGUGAACUACAGCGUCUCAAAUCUGCCAUCGCCGAAUCCCGCGACCGCGCUAAUCUCCUCUCCAACGUCCGCUCCGAUAUCGAUGCCUACCGCAACUCGAACCCGGGUCAGGCAGAAGCAGAUUACAUGCUUGAAGAGCGGGGUCGGAUUGAUGAGAGCCAUAAUAUGAUUGAUGGGGUGUUGAGUCAGGCUUACGCUAUUAAUGAGAACUUCGGUCUGCAGCGUGAGACGCUGGCUAGUAUCAACCGACGCAUUGUGGGCGCGGCGAACUCAGUGCCGGGCAUGAAUGCGUUGAUUGGGAAGAUUGGGUCUAAGAGGAGACGGGAUGCGUUGAUUUUGGGGGCUUUUAUUGGGUUUUGCUUUUUGAUGUUGCUUUGGUUGAGGUGA